AUGGUGAGAGGUCGCUGUGUCUUGGUGCUUGUGCUGCAAGCUGCUGCCCAGCAGUUUGCGCCGUUCGAUGCCGCAACAGCGUCCAGCACCUAUUCCUCGAAGACGUUCGGUGCAGACCUGGCGACAAGCGAGUCCUCCGGAUAUUGGUGCAGCGCCGGGGACCAUGAACCUGGGCAGAGCGUGUCUUGGACUGGCGUGUUCAAGGCACGGAGGCAGCUGCUCGGUGUGACGUUGCGAUGGAGCUAUGCUCCUGAAGAAGUUAAAGUGCUCACCAGCUCGGAUGGUGGUAACUUCCAGGAGAGUGUUGGUUGGCGCAAGCUCUCAAGGCCAGAGCCCAGCUUCGAGGACACAAUCUUGUUCCCAGAGCCGGUGGCUGCAAAGGCUGUGAAAGUCUUGAUGCGUGGUGCAAAGCCUUGGGGAUAUUUCGGCUUGUCCAAUGCAGUGGCGAUCGCAAGGCCGUCUGCCUUCAUGCUGGUCAGUGGUGUCCCAGCAGCGCAGGAGCAGUGUGUGGUCGCAUCAAGCAGCGGUGUGGCGGCAAAGCCGUGCAUUGAUGCGGUUGUGAGCGGCACGGGUGCCGAGAUCUUUGCAGGUGCAGGAGGUGAGCUGCAGGUGCUGGGCGGGGGCUGCCUGGGUGUUGUGGCUGGCAAGUUGUCUUUGAUUGAGUGCCAAGCAGGCCAAGGGUCAUGGGUCGUCGCUCAAGAUGGGCAAGUCAAGCAGGGAAACACGUGCCUCGUAGUGACGGGAGCACAGGUGUCAGUAGCUGAUUGCGACGAUGCCGCGUUGACUGGUGGUGACAAGUUCUUUCAAGUUGCAGUUCCAGACCAUGACCCUGCCGCCGUGGUUGCCGUGCAAGAGGUGGGCGUGCUGCUGCGUGCCAGUGUGAAAAGGCAGCGCGCACUUGUUGCUGCGCUCCAGCGUCUCGUUCCAAGAUUGGAUUCCUGCAAGCCGCAGACUACCAGCUUGGCUGUCAAGCAGAACUGGCCAGCCUUCCUCCAAUCAGGAUCGUCCUCCAGGCGUGCGGAUGGUGAGUCCUUGACGGCCAAGGUGGGUGCCAGCUUUGGCCCUGGCGGCGCAGAGCUUGAUGCCGUGCUUGCAGCGUCCGCAGAUGUCCUCCGACUGGUUGGGGCAAAGAGAAUGCCCAGCAUGCGCAUGGGCCAUGCCUUGUUUCGCUUGAUGCUGGCGCUGCUCCUGUCCACCUCUGGAGCUGGGGCUGCCGAGCCGGAAAUGGACUAUGCCUUGCUGCGUGCCAAUGUUGUGCAGGCGUACGCGCAGCAAACUGCCGAGAUGGCCGAGACGCUCAAUGUUCUGCAAAGCCUGAGCACGGACACAGCUGCGACGCUGGCUCGUUUGGAGAGCGCUUGUCGCUGUGUCUUGGUGCUUGUGCUGCAAGCUGCUGCCCAGCACUUUGCGCCGUUCGAUGCCGCAACAGCGUCCAGGCGUGCAGUCUGUGUGUGUUGCAUCUAUUCCUCGAAGACGUUCGGUGCAGACCUGGCAACAACCGAGUCCUCCGGAUAUUGGUGCAGCGCCGGGGACCAUGAACCUGGGCAGAGCGUGUCUUGGACUGGCGUGUUCAAGGCACGGAGGCAGCUGCUCGGUGUGACGUUGCGAUGGAGCUAUGCUCCUGAAGAAGUUAAAGUGCUCACCAGCUCGGAUGGUGGUAACUUCCAGGAGAGUGUUGGUUGGCGCAAGCUCUCGAGGCCAGAGCCCAGCUUCGAGGACACAAUCUUGUUCCCAGAGCCGGUGGCUGCAAAGGCUGUGAAAGUCUUGAUGCGUGGUGCAAAGCCUUGGGGAUAUUUCGGCUUGUCCAAUGCAGUGGCGAUCGCAAGGCCGUCUGCCUUCAUGCUGGUCAGUGGUGUCCCAGCAGCGCAGGAGCAGUGUGUGGUCGCAUCAAGCAGCGGUGUGGCGGCAAAGCCGUGCGUUGAUGCGGUUGUGAGCGGCACGGGUGCCGAGAUCUUUGCAGGUGCAGGAGGUGAGCUGCAGGUGUCAGUAGCUGAUUGCGACGAUGCCGCGUUGACUGUUGCCGUGCAAGAGGUGGGCGCGCUGCUGCGUGCCAGUGUGAAAAGGCAGCGCGCACUUGUUGCUGCGCUCCAGCGUCUCGUUCCAAGAUUGGAUUCCUGCAAGCCGCAAACUACCAGCUUGGCUGUCAAGCAGAACUGGCCAGCCUUCCUCCAAUCAGGAUCGUGCUCCAGGCGUGCGGAUGGUGAGUCCUUGACGGCCAAGGUGGGUGCCAGCUUUGGCCCUGGUGGCGCAGAGCUUGAUGCCGUGCUUGCAGCGUCCACAGAUGUCCUCCGACUGGAAAGGAAGAUUUACUGGUGGGUUUGUCCUGGUCCUGCUUGGCUGGCCGUCAUGUUACCAAUUCCCAGCAUGCGCAUGGGCCAUGCCUUGUUUCGCUUGAUGCUGGCGCUGCUCCUGUCCACCUGUGGAGCUGGGGCUGCCGAGCCGGAAAUGGACUAUGCUGCUGUCAAUAUGGUGAGAGGUCGCUGUGUCUUGGUGCUUGUGCUGCAAGCUGCUGCCCAGCAGUUUGCGCCGUUCGAUGCCGCAACAGCGUCCAGCAUCUAUUCCUCGAAGACGUUCGGUGCAGACCUGGCAACAACCGAGUCCUCCGGAUAUUGGUGCAGCGCCGGGGACCAUGAACCUGGGCAGAGCGUGUCUUGGACUGGCGUGUUCAAGGCACGGAGGCAGCUGCUCGGUGUGACGUUGCGAUGGAGCUAUGCUCCUGAAGAAGUUAAAGUGCUCACCAGCUCGGAUGGUGGUAACUUCCAGGAGAGUGUUGGUUGGCGCAAGCUCUCGAGGCCAGAGCCCAGCUUCGAGGACACAAUCUUGUUCCCAGAGCCGGUGGCUGCAAAGGCUGUGAAAGUCUUGAUGCGUGGUGCAAAGCCUUGGGGAUAUUUCGGCUUGUCCAAUGCAGUGGCGAUCGCAAGGCCGUCGGCCUUCAUGCUGGUCAGUGGUGCCCCAGCAGCGCAGGAGCAGUGUGUGGUCGCAUCAAGAUCAAGCAGCGGUGUGGCGGCAAAGCCGUGCGUUGAUGCGGUUGUAAGCGGCACGGGUGCCGAGAUCUUUGCAGGUGCAGGAGGUGAGCUGCAGGUGCUGGGCGGGGGCUGCCUGGGGGUUGUGGCUGGCAAGUUGUCUUUGAUUGAGUGCCAAGAAGGCCAAGGGUCAUGGGUCGUCGCUCAAGAUGGGCAAGUCAAGCAGGGCAACACGUGUCUCGUAGUGACGGGAGCACAGGUGUCAGUAGCUGAUUGCGACGAUGCCGCAUUGACUGGUGGUGACAAGUUCUUUCAAGUUGCAGUUCCAGACCAUGACCCUGCCGUCGUGGUUGCCGUGCAAGCGGUGGGCGCGCUGCUGCGUGCCAGUGUGAAAAGGCAGCGCACACUUGUUGCUGCGCUCCAGCGUCUCGUUCCAAGAUUGGAUUCCUGCAAGCCGCGGACUACCAGCUUGGCUGUUAAGCAGAACUGGCCAGCCUUCCUCCAAUCAGGAUCGUCCUCCAGGCGUGCGGAUGGUGAGUCCUUGACGGCCAAGGUGGGUGCCAGCUUUGGCCCUGGUGGCGCAGAGCUUGAUGCCGUGCUUGCAGCGUCCGCCGAUGUCCUCCGACUGGUUGGGGCAAAGAGCGUGU